ACAGCCAUGGCGGACCUCGUGAGUGACGACACACGUGAUAAAACCUACGACGAUAUCCCAGGCCUCCAACCAUGGAUGCUCCAGCAGCUCAAAUAUCUUAAAAUUUUGAGACCAACUCCAAUCCAGUACCAUUGUAUACCACCUGCUAUUGAGGGCCAUGAUAUCAUUGGAGCUGCCAAGACUGGAUCAGGAAAGACACUGGCUUUUGUGAUCCCUAUUCUCCAGAAACUGUCUGUUGAUCCAUAUGGCAUUUAUGCAUUGGUUCUAACACCAACUAGAGAACUUGCUUACCAGAUAGCAGACCAAUUCAAAGGUCUGGGAGGUCCUGUCUCUCUAAAAAUAUCUGUGAUUGUGGGAGGUAUAGACAGGUUGACACAGUGUAAGGAACUCAGCAAAUCCCCUCAUGUGGUAGUGGCCACACCUGGAAGACUGGCAGAUAUACUGGAUAGUGCGCCUGAAUUUACACUCAAGAGAAUAAAGUUCCUGGUUCUGGAUGAAGCUGACCGUCUCAUGGAUGGCAGGUUUGACGAGCAGAUCCAGACAAUCUGGUCAUCACUUCCUGAAAGAAGACAGACACUUCUGUUCUCAGCAACAAUUACAGACAGAUUGCAGAAAAUGAAAGACUUAGCUUCUUCAAAGGUAUUCCUCUGGCAGACAAGUGCAAAGAAUGACCAAGCCACUGUGCAGCAGUUGGAUGAGCGCUAUUGCCUUGUUAGCCCUGUCUCAAAAGAUGCCACAAUGGUUGCCUUGUUGUUGGAAUUCUCUGAGAAAAAUCCUAGAGGACUAAUUAUAGUGUUCACAGAUACCUGUAAAAGCACACAGAUAUUGAACAUGAUGCUGAACAAACUAGGAGUGCAGUCUGUCUGUAUCCACUCCAUGCUCACACAAAAGGAGCGUCUGGCUGCCCUCGCCAGGUUCAAAUCAUCUCAAGUGAAGAUCCUCAUUGCCACUGACCUCGCUAGCAGAGGCCUUGACAUUCCUUUGGUUCAGCUUAUUGUCAACCAUAAGAUCCCAAACAGCCCAAGCAUCUACAUCCAUCGGGUUGGAAGGACAGCUCGCGCUGGCAGGUCAGGUCAAGCUGUGACCUUUGUGACCCCACACGAACUCAAGCUCCUCCUGGCUGUUGAAGGGAAGACAAAGAGAAAGAUGUCUGAGGUCAAGGUGGAUGAAGCGAUGGCACAGAGAAUUAUGAAGCAGGUUAAUGUCACGAAAAGAGAACAGGAGAUCAAGCUUGACGAAACAGACUUUGACGAGCGACGGAACAUCAACAAACGCAAGCGGUUAAUCAUGGAAGGAAGAGAUCCUGAUGAAGAGGAGGAAAGGAAAAAGAAGCUGUUAAAGAAAAGACAACGAGUGAUGAAGCAAGAGCGAGAAAUAAUGCUGCAGAGAUUAGGCGUGAAAAAAUCCAAAAAGAACGAAGGCCAGCAGGACAAGGGGGGCAAAGCUAAGCUUACUAGUCCUUCUAAAACACCAAAUAGCAUCAAGUCAAAGAAUAUGAUAGAUUCUAAGGGAAAGAAGAUGAAAAAGAAGCGCAGCAAAAUGAAAACUGGUGGUGGUUUCACAGUCUCAGAUCUUUAGUAAAUUAUUAUUUAUAAACUUUCCUAUUCAUAUGUUACAUACUGUUAUGUAAAUACCUUAUUGUUUGUUUGAGGAUUAUGUGUAACAAUUGUUACUAGUAAAAAAUAGUUAUAUGUAACUAUGUAUAAAACUAAAGAAAAUAGAAAUAGAAAUUCAU